AUGACUCCUAUCAGCACGGCGGCCCUCAUGAAGGUCGUGGUAUAUCUGGCCAGCACAUGCGCGGCGGUGGUGCUGCAACAUCCACUGUCGACGAACAGGACAGUGAGGCUCGACGGUUAUGGAAGCUUCACCGGAACCACCGUCAACCAGACGUUCAGCGGCAAGGCACUACCUGCGCCAGUCGACGCAUGGCUCGGCAUCGACUAUGCGACGCAGCCGGUCGGCGAGCGCCGUUUCGCUUCCGUGACCUGGCCGGAAGCAUUCGACGGGGUGAAGGCUGCGACACAGUAUGGAAAGGCUUGCGUCCAGGACCCUGCCUUUGUCGAUGUCUCCAUCCAGGACGAGGCCUGCCUGAACUUCAACGUGUUCCGGCCCCAGGGCAUUCCCCUGACCGAAAAGCUCCCCGUCCUGGUGUGGAUUCACGGAGGAGCGUUUGUCUCUGGGAGUUAUAAGUCUUUUGAUGGCGCUGCUUUCGCCGCAUCUUCAGAAUCCCCGGUGGUGGUCGUCAACUUCCACUAUCGCGUCAACUCUCUCGGUUUCCUCCCAUCGACGCUGUUCGAAGAGGAGGGCCUGCUCAACCUCGGGCUCCUGGACCAGAAGCUUUUGCUGCAGUUCGUCCAGAAGCACAUCGCAGCGUUCGGUGGCGAUGCGGAAAAGGUGACCAUCGGUGGUCGGUCCGCAGGAGGCCACUCAGUCGGCAUCCAUCUGUUCCACAACUACGGCGAAGACGAGGGCAAGCCGCUAUUCUCCCAGGUUCACCACCAGUCUGGGUCCGUGACGGCUCGAGCGUUCCCCAACGCUAGCUACCCUCUGUACCAGGCGCAGAUGGACAAGUUUGUGAGCUAUGUGGGCUGCCCGCUUGAGGGAGACAACGCAGCCUCGCUGGCCUGCCUGCGGUCUGCCGACAUCAAUGCCAUCCGGAACAUCAGCACCGACUUGUACAAUCAGUAUGAUUAUCCAAUUACGUGGCCUUUCCAGCCCGUUCAGGGCGGUCCACUCUUGGAGAAGUUCGGCUCGCAGUCGGGAUAUGAUGGGACAUUCCACAAAGUGCCCAUCCUGACCAGCAAUGUCAACGAUGAGGGCAAGUACUACACCACUGGCACACUCGAGACCAACCAAGAGUUCCUGGACUUCAUGCACAACAUCUCCCCGCAGCUGAACGAGACCGACAUGGCGCUGCUGGAGUCACUGUACCCAGACCCAUCCACCGAUGCCAACUCGCCCUACGCCAACUCGCCAAACAGCACCCAGUACAACCGGCUCUCGGCAGCCUUCAGCGACUACGCCUACAUCUGCCCGGGCCAGGAGACGGCCUACCGCGUGUCCACCGCCGGAGGCAUCCCCCACACCGCCGACACCAAAUACACCUGGGACGAGCCCGUCGUGCAGUACCCGGAGAUCAGCCACGUCUACCACGCCUACCUGGCCAGCUUCGUCGCCACCGGAGACCCCAACUCGCUCAGGUACCCCGGCAGCCCCGAGUGGCCCCAGUACGAGCCGUCCGGGUACGGCCUGGACUCUGAGCCUGCCCUGCAGCUGGUCGUCCAGCCCGGCGGCACGGCGGUCGAGAAGGAUGAGAUCCGGCGUGAGGCGUGUCUCUACUGGAGGGACCCUGAGAGGGCGUCCCGACUGAACAAGUAA